UUUAUUUGAAAACUUAAAAAAAAAAAAAAAAGGAAAAGGAAGAAUGGGCCACUGUUUUUCUCUGUGGAGAAUGUAGACAAGCGCAAAAUCUUCACAGAACCGCCCCUUCCCUUUUGGUUUCUGCAGCUAUCGGAGGCGGAACGUUCGCAGAGCCAGAGAGGGAGAUAGAGCUGCGAUUUUUACCAAGUUGGAAAUUGAAAUUACGGUUUUUGUCUGAAGAUUUGAUUAUCUAUGGCUUCCUUUCUGCUCUCUAACCCUAUUCUUUCCUCUCCUUUCCUCCCUCAGAAACUCACUAAAUUUGAACAAAACACAAGUAAUAGGAUAACGCUAUGUAGCCCAAUUUCGAGAAGCCCCAGAACCCUUACCAGCGUUAGGUGUGCAGCGGAUGUAACAUAUGGAGGUAAUAUCCCAAAGUUUCCUCGAAUGAAUGUUUGGGAUCCUUAUAGGCGUCUUGGUAUCAGUCCUUAUGCUUCUGAGGAGGAAAUUUGGUCAUCAAGGAAUUUUCUCUUAGAGCAAUAUGCUGGUCAUGAGAGAAGUGAAGAAUCGAUAGAGGCUGCCUUUGAGAAGUUGUUGAUGACCAGCUUUAGAGAACGGAAGAAAACAAAGAUUAAUUUGAAAACCAGGCUAAAGAAGAAAGUGGAAGAAUCUCCACCUUGGAUCAAGAAUUUGCUCAAUUUUGUGGAACUUCCUCCAGUUGAAGUUAUUUUUAGAAGAUUGUUCCUCUUUGCAUUCAUGGGUGGCUGGAGUGUCAUGAAUUCUGCUGAAGGUGGACCUGCUUUUCAGGUGGCGGUAUCUUUAGCAGCUUGCAUAUAUUUCCUCAACGAGAAAACGAACAACUUAGGCAGAGCUUUUGUUAUUGGUCUUGGAUCUCUUGCAGCUGGGUGGGUAUGCGGCUCUAUAUUUGUUCCCAUGAUUCCCACAGUUCUAAUACAUCCAACUUGGACACUCGAACUCCUUACUUCAUUGGUAGCGUAUGUUUUCUUGUUUGUGGCAUGUACUUUCCUCAAGUGAAUGACAACCGUGUCUCACUAAUGCUGGGAGUUGUAUUGAAGUUUAUAUAUUCAUUUUAAUCAUCCUUUUGUUUUA